CACAUACACAUACACACACACACACACAUACACACCCCACUUUGGCUGAAAUGGACUCAAAUGAAUCAAGUGAUGAAUGGAUGAAUUCAUUCAUUCAUCAUUUGAUUCAUUGACGGGUUAAUCGGAUCGAUGGUUGUGAUCCGGUUGACGCUGCGGGGCUGCCGGUAACUGUGAUCGUUGACGUUUGGAGAGAGUUCGGGACACCAUGAUCUCGAGGGCGAGUUGCCGCCUGUUCCACUCGACAGUGACAUGCCUCAGAAAGACACCGGCGGAGAAGAGGUGGGUGGCCCGGCAGCUGAGAGACCCUUUUGUGAAGGCUGCUCAGCGGGAAAACUACCGGUGUCGCAGCGCGUUCAAACUGCUGGAGAUCAAUGAGAAGCACAAGUUCCUGCGGCCUGGUGUCAAGGUGGUCGACUGCGGGGCAGCCCCAGGGGCCUGGAGCCAGGUUGCUGUUCACCAAGUCAAUGCCACGGGUGCCAACCCAGAGGCUCCGGUUGGCUUUGUGGUGGGAGUGGAUCUUUUGCACAUCUCCCCGCUGCCUGGAGCUGCGUUCCUGUCGCGCUCCGACAUCCUGGAGCCUGACGUCCAAGCCAGAAUCCAGCGGCUGCUCCUGGGGGGCGAAGCGCACGUUAUCGUGAGUGACAUGGCGCCUAAUGCCAGCGGGAUCCGGGAGCUGGACCAGGAGAGGCUGGUCGAGCUGUGCCGGGGGGUCCUAUGCUUGGCCGAGAAGGUCCUGUGUGCCGGGGGGACGCUGCUCUGCAAAUUCUGGGACGGGGCCGAGAGUAACCUGCUCCGAAACCGACUCACCGAGGCCUUCAGGGACGUCAAAACCGUCAAACCCCUGGCCAGCAGGAAGGAGUCGUCGGAGAUCUACUUAUUGGCAAAACACUACUACAAGCACUGAGCAUCCAGAGCAGACCAGGCAAUGGUGGGAAUAAUCUCUCUCCCCCCCAAAAAAUAAUCAUUAUUAUUAUAAUAUGAACUCUUCUGAAAAGCGCGAAGGAGGGAGCGUUUAUACUGAAGAUAAAACCGCUGCCGGAAACCUGUACAAUGGAUGAAAGAAAGGUUUCAGGAGCUCAGUGCAUUUUGUAUUCUCUUCUGUACACGUUAAGGCCUGGUUCAGAGCCAGAAAAGUUACCCGCUAGUGUGAAAAUGAACUGUAUGGACCCAGAGGAUCUGUGCUAACACCACUGGUUUCAGUUGGACUGAUGGUUAUCAUUUCUAUACACAUAUUUAUAUAUAACAUACAUGUAUUUUAUAUACUAAUAAAACCACAA